CACACACACACACACACACACACACACACACACACACACACAGACACAGACACAGACACAGACACACACACACACACACACACACACACACACACACACACACACACACACACAGCACCAAUACAAUGACUCUAUCAGACUGCUAGAUACCAUAAUAACAGAAGCAGUUGUUGGAAAGCUAAUUUCCCUUCUCUCUCUGCCCCUUAAGACAAUUAAACAAAGCCAUUUAGAUCCUAAAUAAUGGCACCCUAGUCCCUAUAUAGUGCACUAGGGUCCAUAGGUCUCUGGUCAAAAGUAGUGCACUAUAUUAUAGGGAGUAGGGAACCAUUUGGGAGGAGGUCAUUGUCUUUCUGUAUGACCAGCACAGUUGGAUACAUUUCAAUUCAGGAAGUAAAACGGAAAUGUUAUUUGUGAAUGUCAUUGACCCAUCAAUUAACCCAGAUAAAUAACAGCAGUUCAGGUGUGAACCAGUGUGUCUUUGUGUGUGUGUGUGUGUGUGUAGCAGCCUAUAGUUUAUCAUUUACAACAAAGUAUAUCAUCCAAGACUGUCAAGGGUGUUUUUAAAUCACACCCUCUUAUCACCCAGCCUGACUCCUGCUGGACUGGGAUGCUGAGAGCAGCGCUCCUAUGGCAACCCGGUAGAUCAUCGAUAUCAGCACACACAGCAGCCAGCGGUGUUUGAAUGUAAGCUGGUGAGGACUGACUGACUGCGUGGAAGGCUGCAUGUCAUAAUUUCCUAUUGACAGCCAGCUAGCCAGGGCUUUAAUAUUUGGGGGGGAGAAUCAGGAGAGAGAGAGGAGAUCAUGCUUUGUCGUUAAGGACCACAGAGACACAAGCCAGCCAGCAUCCUUCCUCACUCUGCCUCCCGACUGGCACGUCCGAUAAUUAGCGCAGACAGCAUGCAGGCAGCAUCAGUACCCCUGAUGUGUUGUCGUCUAGGCUACUACACUCUGAUUUAGGAAUACCUUACUAGCUGGAUGUCAUUCAUUGAGUUCCCGGACAUGUAGGCCUACCGUAAUAUGACCGUCGCGCCGAAGCGGCACGAACUGUUGCAACCCGGAGCAGACAGCAGCACAAUUCAAGUGUCAAGUAAGAUUCGAACUGUCCCUGUUCUGCUGCAGAUGCGCCGUCACUGCUUUCGCAAACCUGCGCCGUUUGAGUUUAUGAAAUACAUGUUUUGUAAUCAUCAUAGCGUGUAUAUUUGUGUUUCUUUGUCCAACGCGUUUUUCUCGUAGCCCAGACUAGUGCGUAUCUGUCGCAUCUGUUCCUAAAUAACCUUCGUAAUGGAUAGGUUUCAUUCAUCCAUGCGCAAAAGGCUGUACAGCUUGCCGCAAAACAUUGAUCAAAAAGGCUCUGUAUCUGUGAUGGUUGACGACGGAGGAGAAUACGGUGGUGGCGACGACACCAAGAAGAAAAGUACCGGUAUCAGGCUGAAGUCUCUCCCUCCUCCUGGACCAUCCCCCACCAGCAGCUGGAAGAGCAACGGGGACCGGGACCCCAAGAGCGGAACUGCCGGAGACUUGGAAACGGACAUUGCCAUCAAGACCAACUUGAAUGGGGACUGUCGUCUGGUCAGAGGUCGCCUUUCCUCCAUCACUGGUCGACUUACUCUUGGGUCAGAUCCAGCUGAGCAGCGGAGGCUGAUCUCCGAGGCAGACACCGGUGCUAACGAAGAGAGUUACCCCGGAGGGGGCGAGCUGGGAGUGCAGGGUGCCGGCGGUCGCAGUGCUGGUGCACAUCGCCGAUCGUCCGUCUUCGAUCAGUCCACUUUCAUCAAGUUAGAAGGAACCGAACCGAUCAUGCCAGACGAAGCAGAGCAGUUGUACCGGGCGGGCUUCAUGCACCGGCAGUUCGGAGCGAUGCUUCAACCAGGAGUCAACAAGUUCUCUCUGAGAAUGUUGGGGAGCGAGAGGGCCGUGGAACACGAGAGAGAACGCGUCAAGUCUGCAGGAUUUUGGAUCAUUCACCCAUACAGUGAUUUUAGGUUCUACUGGGAUCUGAUCAUGCUGUUCCUCAUGGUGGGGAACCUCAUCAUCAUCCCUGUGGGCAUCACCUUCUUCAAGGACGAGCACACUCCCCCCUGGAUCGUCUUCAACGUCAUCUCAGACACCUUGUUCCUCAUCGACCUGGUCCUCAAUUUCCGGACGGGCAUCGUCAAGGAGGACAACACCGAGAUCAUUCUGGACCCACAGACCAUCAAGAUCAAGUAUCUGAAGAGCUGGUUCGUGGUGGACUUCAUCUCGUCCAUUCCAGUAGAUUACAUCUUCCUCAUCGUGGAGACCAGGAUCGACUCGGACUUCUACAAGACGGCCCGGGCGCUGAGGAUCGUGCGGUUUACGAAGAUCUUGAGUUUGUUGAGGCUCCUGAGGCUGUCCAGACUCAUUAGAUACAUACACCAGUGGGAGGAGGUUUUCCAUAUGACCUAUGACUUGGCCAGUGCCAUGGUGAGGAUUGUGAACCUGAUUGCUAUGAUGCUGCUGUUGUGUCACUGGGAUGGAUGUCUGCAGUUCCUGGUUCCCAUGCUGCAAGAGUUCCCCUCUGACUGCUGGGUCACCAGGAACAAGAUGGUGAAUGACACGUGGGGCCAGCAGUAUUCCUAUGCCCUGUUCAAGGCUAUGAGUCACAUGCUGUGUAUCGGGUACGGUAUGUACCCUCCUGUCGGCCUGGUAGACGUUUGGCUCACCAUCCUCAGUAUGAUCGUGGGCGCCACCUGCUAUGCCUUGUUCGUAGGCCAUGCUACCGCUCUGAUCCAGUCACUGGACUCGUCACGGCGGCAGUACCAAGAGAAGUAUAAACAGGUGGAGCAGUACAUGUCCUUCCACAAGCUUCCUGCCGGCAUGCGGCAGCGGGUCCAUGACUACUACGAACAUCGCUUCCAGGGCAAGAUGUUUGACGAGGAGAGCAUUCUGGGGGAGCUGAACGAACCGCUCAGAGAGGAAAUCGUCAACUUCAACUGUCGUAAGCUGGUGGCUUCGAUGCCUCUGUUCGCCAACGCCGACCCCAACUUUGUGACGUCAAUGCUGACCAAGCUGCGCUUCGAGGUGUUCCAGCCCAUGGAUAGCGUGGUUAUGGAAGGCACCGUCGGCAGAAAGAUGUACUUCAUCCAACACGGGGUGGUCUGCGUCAUCGCCAAGGGCAACAAAGAGACCAAGCUGUCUGACGGGUCCUACUUUGGAGAGAUCUGCCUGCUGACUCGAGGCAGAAGAACGGCCAGUGUUCGCGCUGAGACGUACUGCCGUCUGUACUCUCUGUCUGUGGACAACUUUAACGAGGUCCUGGAGGAGUACCCCAUGAUGAGACGGGCCUUCGAGACCGUAGCUCUGGACCGGCUGGACCGCAUAGGAAAGAGGAACUCUGUGCUCCAACACAAAGUCACCCAGAACUCAGGAGCUGUGAACCUCCUGGAGAACGCGAUCAUCCAGAGGAUCGUACAGCAAGACCGGGACAUGGCCAUCCAGAGCAACAUGUCUCCCCUGUCCCUGGAUCCCGACGCCCCAUUCCCCACCUCCACCCCGGGGGUCAUCUGGGGUCCCCUGGUCCAGGGCCCCCUCCAGGCCGCUGCAGCCACCACCUCCCUGGCUCUGGCCUUCUCCCACUCCCAGCUCCACGCCCAGCUCCCGCCGAUCCUCUUUCACCGUCCGCUCUCUGUCUCCGAGUCGUUCAAGGAUCCUAGAGGCCACCAUCUGCAGAGGGGCAUGUUUGUGGGCGUGUCCAGUGGCUGUGGCUCCGGGGCUGCAUCUCCAGGCGGUUCUGUGAAGUUCCGUUCUGGAGUGGACACUCCGAUAUUAGCCUCGCUCCGGGCGCAGCAUUUAGUCUCCACAGCCUCCUCCAUUUAUCCUCUGUCACCUAUAACCUCCAUGUACCAGCCCACCUCCUCUAUCACCUCCACCGACUUCCAGGCUCAGCCCAGCAGAGCCUCUCCCUUCCCCCUGGGCCAGGGCUCCAUCCGGGAGUAUCCACCCUCCUCCUGCAUGGCCCAGCUCCAGCACCACCACCCCUACGGCCCACCAGGGACCCACCAGCAGGAGGCAUCAGGGAGGCCCAUCAUGGGCACGCCGAGAUUCCCAGCCCACUCAGCCCCCUCUGGUUCCACCCUAAGCCCUCUCAUCUGUAGCUCUGUCAGCCCCAUCCUGAGCCAGCUACAGAACUCUCACUCUGACACUACCAGCGCUCAGCAGCACGUCCAGAUGGGACCUGGUCAUCAGGAGAGAGCAGGCCACCUCCUCCUCCCCCACUGCCCCUACACGACCACAAGCCCUAGCAACCCCACCCAGCACCACAGCUCCAGUGGGUUUCUAUCCAUAUCUAUCCCAGAACAGGCCGGCGUUGGAAAUGUCGGAGUCCCAUCGUCCCUGGUGCAUCACAGUCUGGCAGGCCUCCACCCCAGUCUCCUCCCACAGAUUCUCCCAGAGUACUCUGCUCAUUCUUCUCACUUUGCCCUGGCCUCGCUGGCCCAGUACGGGUCAGGGGAUGGCUCCCCGGUCUGUACCCCACCGGUAACACACAGCCCCACCAUCCAGAGCCCGCUGACAGGCAGGACGGUGCUUCAGCUCCACAGCCAACCCUCCAAUGGCUCUCACAGCUCUCUCACCCCACAGACAUCAUGCCCUCCACAGGUAGAUGGUAGAGGGCAGAGGGCAGAGUCCCUGGUGGAUCUCUUCACGCAGGAUGUCAGGACUAUCUCCACUGUUUCCACCUCGGGCUCACACAGCUAUCUACCCCAGGAAGGGUCUCUCUCCAUACCGUCUCUCUCCAUACCUUCAGGGGGGCUUGGUUCCUCUCUCCCCAUGAUGGGUGGUAGCAGUAAUAAAUGGUACAGCCCCAUCCCAGGGCACGCCACUCCUCUGAGUCACUACACUCCCGUGGGAUCUGAACCUCCAACUGCCGUGAGCCAAGAAGCACCGAACUCUUCGCAGCCCAUCCCCAGUCGUCCUGUUACAUCCGGGGCAGAGUACACAGUCUCCAAUCUCCCUUCCAACUUGUGAGGUUUAAAAACACCCUCCUGCCAUGCCUGAACUAUGGGGAAAUUGUCUUCGCUAUUGGUAUUGUAUUUUUAUUUAUUUUUUAUCGCUAGUGUAGGUUUUAUAUUAUUCAAGGAGGGUGUGAGGGAGUGCGUAUCUAUAUUGCAGGAAAAAGACUUAGAAUAAAGAUGUAUUUUUUUAAUGCAGAUUGAAUGAACAGAGUGAGUUCCCAGCGGGCGAAACCAGAUCUGGUUGUAAGCGAUUGGUAAGGAUGUCAUUUCGACCAGCUUUGCCCACUGGGUUAAGUAUUUUUCUACAGUACAGUGGUACUACUACUGUACUAUGUUGAAUGUGGAGGUAUUGUACCAAUAUGGAUCGCUGGAUAAUAUUAAACCACAAGAAAGUAUAUUGACCAAUUUCCGUAAAUAAAAUAUAUAUUCUAGCCUA